GUUAAUAGUAAUCGAUCAAUUUCUUUUAUAUAGUAUUCCACAAUGCGAAUGACAAGCGCAUUUUUUUUACUGGGAUGCUACUUCUUGGUUUUGGCACUUGUCAGCGGAGCACCGAGACCAGAUGAACCAGCUUUCGAGCUUCCGGUACAGCUGGUCGGCUUUCCGGUGAUCAUAGCUGCUGUUAGGAUUACCAAUUUUGUGAAGAAACUCGCGUACUCACUGAAUCCAGAGACUUAUGCCAACAGAGUGAAACGGACCCUGCCCCUAGUGCACGACGAAGAGAUCCUAGACGUUGGUGAAGUCGAAAAGAAACUAAUAUCCGAGCUAGGAAACAAUGUCUGCGUCUACGAAAGAAUUUGCGCCAAAUAUGCAACCAAAACUCUGAAAAAACGAAGUCGCGAACGUGUUCUGGAUUGGGAUGUCGUCUUCAGGGAGUACAAGUCGUCGCCAAACCCGAUGAAGGAGAAUUAUUUAUUGAGCGUGUUCCUGGGCGACAUCAUAGGCAGCCCGCGGCUCUGUCAUCAGUUGGCGAAGAGAGGAAGAGGUUGCGACCAAGAUACGCUCUCGGAUUAACUGUAAACCAUCGUUUAUGCGGUGCAAAACCAAACUGCUGUACAGACUGUAAAUACUAAGAUGAUAUAAACUUCUUGUUUUCUACUGGGUCGUUAAUCCCCUGGACAAGGCUGCAGCUGCGUUUGAACAAGAACUCUGUUCCUCGAACUGCGUUCAUACACUACCAGCCAAAAGUCGCGGACUAAUUGUCGAUUAAUGUACAGAAAGAAAUAUUAGUAUUGUUUUUAUGAAAAUUAUGGGAAGUUUUUUUUAUUUUUCACCUGGUAUGAAGGCGAUGGGUUUGGGGUGAUUUUGGUGAAGUGGGAGGGUUAGAUCUACAUGUGCUAUGUUAUGUUAUGUUUCUUAUGUUUUCAUUUCUGAAGUUCGUAAAUUUUCAAAUUUCUAAAGUUUACAAAUCAUGA